AUGGCGCAGCAAGGAACCAUAAGAGGCCUGGAAAUCUCCAUGCUGAGGCUUACCAAGAAUCACACGCCCUUCGCCGACGGCGUUGCGUGUGUACAGGCUUACUGGUCGUAUGCGAUGGAUCUGCCUCAAGGCGAGCGAAUCAUCAUGCGAAGGCUCAUUCUGGACCAAAAAUUCAUCCAUACAAUUGCCUCGCGAGACGUCUUCUCCCAACAUCCCCUCUGCCUGGACCCUGCUGGAACAUCGAGGCCGGGCUUGAUCCUCUUACGGGCGCUGUACAAGGAGGUGCCCACUGACUUCCAAAACGAAGUCGUGGCGCGUUGCGGUCGCCUCCCUGUACGGAAUCGGGCUGACGAAUACUUUGCCUUGUUCCCGGAAACUGGCACCCCUACAUUUUUCGAUAUGGACACCCAUUUAGCAAGGUGGUUCCGACAGCGUUAUCCGCUCUUGAAGAACAUACCCAGCACCUAUCGCAAGCGUGACGAAGUCGUUGCCCCAGCUCCUCAAGAGACACCGUCGCCUACGACUCAGUCCACGAGUCCGCCUCCGGUGUCUCUCACGGACGACGAUGACAGGGAGGGACUCCCUCCGCCUCCGCAGCCUACCCGGAUCCUACAUAUACUGCCCUGCGGGCGGAGAGUUUUCCUUCGAAAAUUUCCUGGAUUCGGCACCGAAUCGAACAACAACCAGAGCGCGCUGAGGCAGACCGACGCACUCCUGGAGUCGAUGUUACAACAGUCUUCCGGCCCCAAUGAAAGGCCACUGCGAAACCCGUUGAACCUCGUGCAAACGCCUUUGGCCACCACGGCAGAGGCUGACCGCCCGGUGACGAGACAGGAGUUUGAUCGACUGCGCGAACAGGCGGCGGCUAUGCAGUCGCAGAUGGCGACUCUUGAAGAGAAUAUGAACUUGUUGCGGUGGGCUUUUAUACGAAAACGCGAACGAAGAGAGCGACGGGAGGAACCUCGGCGAGAGCAACGGAGUGAUUAG